ACCCCUACAUAAAGCCCACACCCACCGCCCGGCACACAGGCCUCCUCCGAGCGGCACGCUGCGCGCCCUUCUCCUGCCGGGCACUCUGGGGAUCUUCCUCCCGCGAACUUGGAUACCAUGGAUCCUCUUUGGACCCUCGGGCUGUUGCUUCUGCCCCUGCUCCUGAUGGGAACAGCUGCUCAGGAUCCCCUAGGAAACAACGCGGAGAUCUGCCUCCUGCCCCCGGAGGUGGGGCCCUGCCGCGCCCAGAUCCCCAAUUUUUACUACAGCAGGUACACUCAGAGCUGCCGCCAGUUCAUGUACGGGGGCUGCGAGGGCAACGCCAACAACUUCGAAACCCGGGAGGCCUGCGAGGAAGCUUGCUGGCGGAUAGAGAAAGUUCCCAAAAUCUGCCGUUUGGAAGUCAGUGAGGGGCAUUGUGGGGAGUCCCGAGGAGACUACUUCUUCAAUCUGAGUUCCAUGACAUGUGAAAAAUUCACGUCUGGUGGGUGCCACCGAAGUGGGAACCAGUUCCCGGAUGAAGCUACUUGCAGGGACUUCUGUGUACCAAGGAAACGUCCGUCCUAUUGCUACAGUCCGAGAGAUGAGGGACUAUGCUCUGCUAACGUGACUCGCUAUCAUUUUAAUCCAAGACACAAUGCCUGCCAGGCCUUCACCUAUACUGGCUGUGGAGGGAAUGACAAUAACUUUGUUAGCAUGAAGGACUGCAAACGUGUUUGCAUGAAAGCCUUGAGGAAGAAAAUAAAUAAGAAGAUGCCAAGGUUUUUCUUUCCUGAUAGAAGACGGAAACUUCAGAAGAAGUUAUAUUAACUGUUGUUUUUUAAUGUCAUCUGAUGAAUGCAAUUAUUGCCUUAUAUCUGAAGAAUAAUAUGGUAACACGAGUAAAUGAAUAAUUAGUGGUUUAUUUACCAGUUUUUAUUGAUCAAAGUUACUUUUUAAAAACUUUGUUCACUUUUAUACAUAACUAGCUGCUACUCAAAUGUGAAACUGUUAUUUUUAUAUUUACCAUAUAACCAUUUUUUAUGAGGUUGAAGUCUUGCUCUGCAUAAGAAAGCAAAUCUGACUCACCCAGUUUUGGAGGUUGCUUUUUUGAUAUUAGACGAUGACUGCGACUGAAAAACAAAGACAACAUAAUCAUGUUCUUUUAAUUCAUAUGAACAUAAGAAGGACCAGUAAAUACGUUUUCUUUUACAUUUAAAAGUUGGAUUAUAUUUUAGGUCCCAGGUGACAAACUUGCAUAUUUACCUAUAGCUUAAAAAAUAUUACAAGUGCUAUUAUUUAGACACUGCUAACUUCCAUUUCUGUGGUGUCAUUUACAAAAUAAUAAAAUAAAUUUUUGACUGAA